AUGAGGGCAUUGCCACAAUCACUCCAGGCUCUAGUCCUGCUCCUUCUCACCACAUCGCCGCGUCUCGUAUCAGCUAUCGAGAAUGACUUUAGCGCCUACCCAUCAGGCUCACAAGCCUGCUUGACCCAAUCGGCCGAUUCGAGCGGCUGCACGGGCGAUACGGGUACCGAGAUGAACGAGUGUCUAUGCAAGAAUGGCGGCAACUUCAUCUACAACACGGCAUCGUGCGUGGCCCUAGAAAGCCCCUCGGACCUCGAGACCGUCUACGCCACCCUCGAGAACAACUGCGCCGGCACGGGCGUCACCAUCAGCGUCGGCGAGGCCGCCUUUCUGGCCCAGGCCUCGGCGGCCACGAGCAGCGCGGCCACGGCGAGCUCUACCGCGAGCCAGACGAGCACCAGCACGACGUCAUCGGCGAGCAGCACGGCGACGGCCGACUCGGGAUUAUCGACGGGCGCCAAGGCAGGUAUUGGCGCGGGUAUUGGCAUUGCGGCGGUGGGACUAGGACUCAUUGGCGUCUUUAUAUGGUGGUACCGACGCCGCAGCAAUCAAAAGGGUCAAAAGGCGGCUGGGGAUAGCAACGGCGCCUACGCCGCCGCGAGCACCGCGCCGAGCGAGUAUACGAGCGCCUUUGGACAACACCAUCCGAGCCCACACCCCGAGAGUGCGAUCCCGCUUUCGGCCACAUCAGGAUGGAACUCGCCCUCGCCGUCUGCGGCGUCGGGCAUGUACUACAAGCCACAGGACGCGCAGGUGCCGGGGGCAGGGCAGCCUCUGCUGGCGGAGCUGAGCAGCGAGGGCGUGCAGCAGGUGGCGCCCGUCGAGCUAUAUGCGCCGCACGAAGGAAGCAGUACCCUCUCGCCCAACACGGCGGCAACCUAUGGACGGAGCAGUCCCUCGUCAUACCAUGCCGAGUUGCCGGGGACGUCCACGCCGGAGCCAGACAGGUACCAGAGUCCGCCGGGCACGCAUUCGCCGUACUCGCCGCCAUAUGAGAGGAGUCAUUUUUGA